AUGGACCAGCUCCCGCCAGCGUUCGACUUUGGGUCGUUCACCGCCGGUCCACCUCCCGCCGGCGGACCUGACGACGACGGCGGCCACCACCACCAGCUCGUCUUCGACGCGGCGAGCUACGGCGCAGGGCAGCAGCUCGGCGAUGCAGGGCUGUCGCAGGACGACCUCGCGUGGCUCGAGGCGCAGCUGUCGCUCGCCGCACAGCACGCCUCUCCUCCUCCUCCCGCCUCGGCGCCCUCCUCGUUCGCGCCUCUCGCGUCGCCCAACGGCACCGAGACCUACGUCCACCAGCCGCACGCCUUCCCGCCAGUGUCGAGCUCCAAGUACCACCCGUACUCGCUCCCGCCAGACCGCGCUCGGCGCAUCCGCCCUCCUGGUCCCUCGGCCCACCUCGACCUCGUCCAGCCGCACUUCCAGCAGCACCGCCAGCCGCAGCCGCACCAGCCGCAUCAGCACCAACAGCAGUACCACCAGGGUGCGGCGGCCACGUACUCGGUGGCGCCGGCGCAGGGCGGGCUCGACGCGCUCCAGUGGCCCAGCUUCUCGUCGUUCGCCUCCUCGUUUGCCCCUGUCGCGGCGCCGCCUGCCCCGUCGGCGCACUACGGUCAGCCAUCGACGCCGUACUAUGCCGCUCCGGCCGCCAAGCAGCUCGGCUCGGUCCUGUACCCGCCGCAGGACGCCCCGUCGCCCGUCCUCCUCCCCGACGCGCCCACCCCGACGUACCCUGUCGCGCCCCACGCCUCUCCCGCCACCCCCUCGACCCUCCAGCACAUCCAAACCCCGCCUGUGCCCUCGCCGCCGCUCGUCAACGGGCACGGCAAGAGCGCGGCGUGGUCCAGCAACGGCCUGUCGAACGGCGUCGCCCGCCCUCGACCUCGUCGGCCGCGAGCCCGAUCCGCCCCGCCUCCCCCAGCACCUCCCUCGUCUUUCCCUCGUGCCCCUACGCCUUUGUCGAGCCCGCCUCAAGCCCGCCCUCGCAAGGUGCAGCAGCUUUCCGAGCUCUUCGCGUGGCUCGACGCCCAACGGUGGUCGUUCGCGACCCUGUUCAGCGCCCUGUCGGACCUCGAGGGCUCGCCCGCCGAGCACGAGCGCCGCCUCGGCGAGUUUCUCGAGAUGGACGAGCCGUUGACCGCGAGCGCGGGCGGGAUCGACGACGGCGAGGAGCCGACCGACGGCGCGAGGUUGCUGCGCGAGGCCAAGCGCCGGUGGGCGAUCAAGCGGCGGCAGGACAAGGGCCCAGUACGCGAGGGCGACGAGGUGGGCGCAGGAGACGAUGACGAGGUCGAGGAGCGAGGGCCGGACGAGGUCGUGCGCAUGUGGGAGGAGCAGGGCGGCCUCGGCCGGCGCAGGGAGGGAACUAUGGCCAAGGCGGUGCGCGAGCUUCACUCGAACGUGCACGAUGGCGCCGUCGCAGGUUCGGUCAUCCGCCGCAUCAUCAACCGCUACGGCGAGGCGUACAAGGAAUCGUCGACCGACAUCGAGCGACUCGACGCCGCCCUCAAGCGUCCACCUUCACCGCAUCUCACGUCGGCACCUCGCGAGGCUGCCGUCUGGACGGGCACGCUCGUCCUGCCGCCAACACAAGCCGACGUGCUCCAGUCGUGGCUCAUGAGCCCCGGGCGCCCGAGUUUGGGCGGCAAGAUCGACCCUGAGCACAUGCGCAUCUAUUCUUCGCUCUCGCCGCUCGACCUUCACGCUCGAGGUGCCGAGCUCUGCCGGGUCGUUCUCCUACGCGACGCCGAGUGUAUGCGCCUCUACGGUCACUACUUUGACCGCUUCCAGUCGUUCAAGGUCGGGCCCGCCAUCGCCGCGAUCGACUCGUGUGGCUUCUCGUCGUACGACGAGCAGAGCCUGUGGCACCAUGCGCUGCAGACGUACCUGCAGCUGUGCGUGCGGUACCCGCCGUUCCGCGAGGGCAAGGACGCCAAAAUCACGAUCCUCCCCGACCUUCCUCCUCCCGUCCACCCGACGCCGCUCGAGACGCUCCUCAUCGACCGCGCCCUGCACGACCACUGGGAGCACCUGCGCGUCUUCCUCCUCGACUCGCACGGCGGCCUGUUGCGCUCGGCCGUGCGCGCGUUCAACGGCGUCAAGUUGAGCAAGUUCGACCUGUUGAGCGUGUGCGACGACACGAGGGCCGUCAUGCUCGCCCUCGACAGGAGCAAGAAGAACCCGAGCGAGCGCUUCCUCCCGUACGACCCGGCCAUCUCGCAGAUCCGCAACGCGUGGCGGCAGCAGGCGUACUACGACAAGACGGCCGACCUCGUCGUGUGGAGCGCGGCGACGACGCACUUUCUCGAGAUCUCGGCGCUGCACCCGGACUUUGCCCUUGGCGUCAGUCACCUCCCUGGCCUCGAGGCUCUUCUCGGCAGCAAGGCGGCCGCCAAUGGAGCCGUCGCCAUGCAGCACUGAGCCCACUUGUGUAGCGCAACCUGUUCUCUUCUCUCGCACUGCAUUUCCUCUCGCAAGUCCUGCCG